AGACCCCUCCCUCCUCCCCAUCUCCUCGCUGCCGCCACCUACUCCCCGUCCCCGCCUCCCUCCCGAUCUAAUCCUCCCUUGUCCCCAUCCCGUGACCGCAUUUACCUGCCAGCUCGUAGCUGCACAGCCCGGGGACGCAGCCCCGUGCGAGACCGAUGGCACGCGGUGACGACGACGGAGGCGACGGCGCGUAAGAUGACUUCUUUCACCAGAUCCUGUCGACGUAUCCCUCUGCCUGGGGCGACCUUGGCGCCGGCGGGAAGUCGCCCUGGGAGAUCGUGGUGGGCGUCGAGGACCUCGACGCCUUUGACGAGUCGGCGCUGCUCCUGUCCAGGCUCCGGCAGCACCAGAUCGGCGGAGAGAACCCAGUGAUGCUGCAGCUCACCGACCUCCAGCGGCAGGGCCUCGGCGAUGAGGAGAGCGGCGGCACGGGGUUCUCGCCGCUGCCGCUGUUCACGGACCGGUCGCCCCCGCAGUCGCGGGAGGAGAAGGACGGCGGCUUCAAGUCGCCCAAUGGCACGGGAGGUGACCAUGCUGAACCUCGACUUCCUCGCCGAGCACGGCCUGCAGUGGUGGAUCGUGCGCCUCUCCUUCAAGAUUACAAGCCACACGUCCAAACAAAGGCUGGCUGGCUGGUUGGCGGUCCUACCUUGCCGAGCUGGUGAAUUAAGAAGUACAUGACGGUACACCAAGAGCAGUAACACCUGGCUCUGGCUGGGUGGGUGCCGAACCGACGAGUGGUUAGUUGAUGCCGAGUGAGGCUCGCGGUGAAGAAGAGCAAGGCCGAGAAGGACUCCAACAAGCCCAAGCACCCCCCGAGCGCCUUCUUCGUCUUCAUGUGAGUUCCCAGGCUCGGCACUUCGUUGCUCAUGGUUCGAUUCGCCUUGUUUUCCUCUGGUGUGGUGUGGCGUCGCAUCCUGACCGAGGAUUUGCUCAUGGUUGACAAGUUGUGCCAUCUCGAGCAUUUUUCAUAGGAGAGUGAAUGAAGUCCAUUGUAAUAUUGGGAUAGUAGCAUAUGUGCCAUUGUUUUAUUGUGCAAUGUUGUGCGUUCUUGCUAUAUUCAUGUGUAAGGAAAUGUAUUCAUGAGAUGAGUUAUUGUAUUAUGUAAA